UUCUCCUUUUGUCUCUUGUAGAAUCGAUCUCUUCUGAAACUGACUCGUGACUCGUGAAGCCUCUCUCGAACGGAACCCUAAAUCAGAAAUCGAUGGCGUCCUUGGCUCGCCGAGCAAUGAGCCUAGCUCAGAUUCCAUCUGCACGCGUGCCCGCCUCUGUUUGUCAGCGUCGCGGUCUCGCAGGCGCCGCUGAUCAGCAUGGAUCUACCAAGGUAGACUUCUGGAAACAGCCCACGAACCCAGGAAACUGGAAAGAGGAGCAUUUUGUGCUUAUUUCGCUCUCUGGCUGGGGCUUGCUUUUCUACAGUGGAUACAAACUCUUCACCGGCGGUAAAGGAGAGGAGAAGCAGCAGCCUGCACAGUGAAUUUAGCCCCGGGAAAUAUGACAAGAGACCUCUCCUUCUCUUUCAGCACCCAUUUUGACUGGUCUUUUGUAUCAAAGCCAUCAAUUACUUUGUUUGCUUUCUUUUUAAAUAAUAAUAAUAAUAUGCAUCAGAAACACUUUUGAGAUCCUAAACGCUUGUGCGUUUCAUAAUUUCCCUAUGCUUUGAAACAUGUCAAGAUUUUAGCAGUGUGAUAUGCUUGGGAUCAUUUUACUUGUAUGGUCUGGAUACCAAUUUUUUUGUU